AUGUCUUUACAAAGGCUCAUGCAACAGAGCAGCAAUGGCAACUUGGUGGACUUCUGCGCUGGUCCUGAGUGUAGCUCUUACUCCACACUCACAGACAACCAGAUGGAUGAUAAUAGAAGGAUUCAAAUGCUGGCAGACACUGUGGCCACUUUACCUCGGGGACGAAAGCAGCUUGCUUUGAUGAGAUCAAGUUCUUUAGGUGACUUUUCCUGUUCUCCAAGGAAACUUGUUUCUGUGGAAAAGCAGGAUAAUGGAACAUUUGGCUUUGAAAUUCAGACAUGCAGGUUCCAGACCCAGAACCCCUGCUCCUCAGAGACAUGUACUCUGAUCUGCAAGAUUCAGGAGUGUAGUCCAGCACACUAUGCAGGCCUAAAAGCUGGUGAUGUCCUUGCAAAUAUCAAUGGUGUGAGCACAGAAGGCUUUACCCACAAGCAAGUUGUUGACCUGAUCAGAUCAUCGGGAAACCUGCUAACGAUAGAGACUCUUAAUGGAACAACAAUUCUCAAAAGAGCAGAGCUUGAAGUCAAGCUGCAAAAUUUAAAGCAAACCUUGAAGGAAAAAUGGGUGGAGUACAGAUCUCUGCAGUUACAGGAACAGCGACUGCUUCACGGUGAUGCAGCUAACCUCCCAAAUUUGGAAAACAUGGAAAUAGAUGAAUCGGCUUUGCUUGGAAAUCUACCUGGGCCAACCGCAGCCUUCCUAGACCGGCAUAGAUUAUCCAGUGAGAGCAGCUGCAGGAGCUGGCUCAGCUCCAUGACGAUAGACAGCGAGGACAGCUAUCAGACAUGUAUGUCUGAGGACUCCAACAGGGGAGCAUUUAGCCGCCAGACAAGCACAGAGGACGACUGUUUUGUCCCCAAGGAUGUGGACGAUGUUCUGAGGAGGUCUUCUUCCAGGAGAAACCGGAGCAUUAGUACUGCCAGCAGUGGGUCCAUGUCCCCGUUAUGGGAGGGCAGCUUCUCCAGCAUGUUUGGGACUCUGCCACGGAAAGGCAAACGAGGAAGUGUGAGGAAGCAGCUCUUAAAAUUUAUCCCGGGUCUUCACCGCGCAGUGGAAGAGGAAGAAAGUCGCUUUUAAUACAUUCUAGUGUCCUUUGUGUUAGUUUAUUUCACAAACGUUGCAAGAUUCAAUUAGAUCAGCUCUGCCCAGCUUAGUGGCAUUUCAGAUAGAUUGCAACACUGACAUCCUAUUUCAUCAUAACAGUGACCUUUAUUAAAAUUUUUUAUCAUUAGUGUUUUUAAAAAUCGUUUUCCAACUAGAUCAACUCAAGCUCUAAAAUGACACUAGGGGAAUUAAGUAAUGAGGUUAAAUAUAAAUUGACCCAAGAUUUUGUUGUUUCUAAUGUUGCCUGUGAAGGCAGGAAUCAUAUUUAUUUUAUAGACUAUGUAUAAAAUUGAGAAUUUUUUUGCCAGUUCUGUAAGGUGGUAAUAAUAAUGAUUAUAUUAUUUGAGAGUAUUUUUCUGGUUAUUUGGCAAGUUCUAAAUAGGUUUGGUGUUGGAAUUAAGUGCAUGAGAAACUAUCGUUAAUAGUAUAGUAAACCACAAUCUCAAUUAAAAAAUUAAAUUGAAAAAUAGUAAAUUUUAUGUUUAAGUUCAGUAGCAUAAGGGAAAGCUCACUAAUAGCCUAUUUAAAAUACUUCUGCUCAGGGCAGGAGAGAGAACUCUAAGGGUUGCAUGCAAACUUUGCAUGUAGGAGGUCAUGUUUGAUUUCUGCCACUCUGUAAGACCUGAGCACCAUUCAAACAUCUACUUCUGUUCAAAUCUAUGAAGAAUUAUAAACAAAGAUGA